UGGAAGGUGUGCGGAUAGCAGAACAGUGGCAGCAGGUAGGCUAGCUGCAGCAAACUAAAGACUGUCUUGUGUUGUGAGCAAUGUUCUGAGGGGCUUUUCUUCUUAUGAGGGGAGAGAAAAAAAUAGAGUUAUGUUACAAUAGUAAAAUAGAUCAUUUUGUCCAAGUGCAGGAAGUAGGAAGUUAAGGAGGGGAUGAAUCCGGAUCCAAGGGCAAUUAUAGGGAAACAUGAGUAUUUUAUGACUCUCGUUUCACUGCUACCAAAGAUUAGAUUAGAUUUUAUGGUCAUAUUGCCCCACCUCAGUGGACCCUUAAGGUCUAUUUAAAGGGGAAAACAGCUUCAGUUAAACUACUGCUUUUCAGAAAGCCAAGAUUUUGGGCUGGCACAGUCUAGUUUCAAUUUCCUCAAGGUGCAUUUGUUCUGAAUCCAUCCCUUAAGCGGUUGUUCCUGGUGAAUAAAACACACAAGACGAAACCAACUCAAGAACAGGGAGAUCUUCAUCCACAAAUAGUAAGGUUUAAAAAAAACAAAAUGGCCUACCUGGCACCUUUGAUUGAGGUUGGCGGAUCAGGUGGCAGUCCCUUUACUUUCACUGGUGAAAACAAUGGAGCCACACUGAAGAAGUUAUGGGUGUGGACUGGAGGGUGGCAAGUGAAGGCUGUGCAAGUGUGGCUGACCGAUGGUAAGGUCCGGAAAUUUGGAGAUGAAGCCGGAAAAUUUUUUGAGUUUGAAUUCGAAGACGGAGAGCAGAUUUCCUCUCUUACACUGUGGGAGAGCAAUGCUCGAAGACCCCGUCUUGGCGCCAUCAAGUUCAACACGGAUCGCUCAAGAGAAUUCUUCGCAAAAAUAACGGAUUCGGGACUCAAACCACCUCGUCAAAUUGAUGUUGGAUCUGGCAUUUGUUUGGGAGUUGUGGGGAGAUCAGGUUCAGACAUAGAUAGAAUGGGGUUCAAGUUCAUAAACACCAUCAAAUCAACUGAGCUGACCAAUGUCAAAUACCCCACCCUUCACCAGGUCCUUCCCCAGAUCGCUACAGAAGAAAUCAAGUCUAUCACUUACAAAAACAACACUAAUGCUACUCAGUCGUACACAGUUGAAACUUCCAAAACCAUAACAAAGAAAUCCUCCUGGUCUGUGAAAAACAAAAUGGAAUCAACUUUUAGCAUGAGUGUUCAAGCAGGAAUCCCAGGGAUUGUUGAGGUGUCCUCUAGUUUCGGCUUUACAACAGGAGUAGAAAGUUCUUAUGGCUUAGAGAACACAGAGGAGAGAACUGAGAGCUUUUCAUUUCCAGUUCAAGUUCCUCCUAAGAAAAGAGUAGAGGUUGACAUCACCAUUGGUAGAGCUACAGUGGAUCUUCCCUACACAGCAACAGUGGAGAUCACUUGUUACAAUGAUAGUGUUCUCAGGUUCAAUACCAGUGGAGAGUACAAUGGGGUCACUUACACUGAUGCACAAAUAGCUGUGAGAGAAAUAUAAGUUCUUCAAGCAUUAAACUUUGGUUUUGCUGAUUCAAAACGACAAAGAACUCCAGAUAUUUUCACAUUGUAUUUUAUCUAUCAAAUCAGCAUCUUUGAUUUUUAUUUUGUAUGCAAAUUCUUCAGUCAUUUGAUGCUAGAGCUAGUUCUGCAUUUAAAGUCUAGUGUCUUCUCACUCUGCCCUGAUAAUGACUGUAUUUCAAUCUCAGUUUAUUGUAGUAUUGAUUUAACUUUUUAUGUUUUAUUA